UGAACUAAAAGAAAUUGAUACUGUUUAGGAAAUUAAUUCUAAUUAUGUAACGGCUUUUCUUCUAAUUUUUCUCGCAUAUAGCCUACUGAAAAUGUUUUAUUUUUCAUCGUAAAACUAAUAAAAUUUAUUAUUGUUCCGAAAAUCUCAUUUAUUUUGCCAGUGAAGUGUGUCUACAGGAAAUGUUUCGCAAUAAUUGAAAAGCUAAUAAACGGAGUGUAGAAAUCGCAAUAAAAAUCAUAGCAAAACAUUGAACAUCGAUAUCACAUCUUUCAUAAAUUGAGUUUUUGAUGGCCUAAAACCAGAUCAAAUCAAUAUAUCAAGUUUAGUUUUUCAGUUUCUAUUCUUUGAUCUAUAGAUAGAAUGUUAUGGAUCGGAAGAGCUUAGUCGGUAGAAAUCUUAAUAUUUGUUCGAAUAAUUAUUGGGCCUUCGAACUAUUUCGCUAAGCGCCGUAAGCGAUAGAAAUGACUUCCAGAAUAAAAUAUUUUUUUUAAUUUAAAAUCAGAUACUUAAUGAAAGACUGAGCUUUCAAAGUAAAAAAGUUUUCUUAUUAUUGACACAUAUCCUAUAUUGACAUCUUAUCCUUCGAAAAGGCGUAAUGUACUGCACCAAAGAUUGUAACUGCAGCUUGUGCCGAGAAUUGCGAGGUUUUAAGCCGGCGAAAUCAACUAAGCGCAUACCUCUUAAUAGUUCAUUGUUUGGCCGUUUCAAUAAUAAUUUCAUUUUAAAACGUCGAAGUUCGAAUUCACUAAAAACAUUUCAACCACAAUCAUUAAGAUGUAGUGAAAUGUGUCAACAACGCCGUGAUGCCGGUCAAUUGUAUGACUUUUGUAAACGUCAAACUAAAACGCCGUCACCCACACCUAUUACACAAGCACCAUCCGCAUCGCCAUCGCCAUCGCUGUCGCUACCACUGGCGCAUAAGAAGCUAGAUAAUAUUAAACCUCCUGUAUCGCUUAACUCUAAUCAUAAGGUAGUCAUUUAUUUUGGCGAUUCGUUGAUCUUGCGUGGCAAAAGUAAUAUAAUCAAAUCAUCAAUUAAAAAUGAGGCAGAUGCGGCAACCGUUGCCCCAUUUAAUAGUAACAAACUGCAAAACGUGUCAACAAGUGUUUUAAAGCAACAAGCGGAUGAACUGCCGUCAUUUAUCGAGAGUGUGCAGAACGGUGUAAUUAAUAUUAAAAUAGAAGGCAACUAUCAAACCGCAUCAGCCUUGGUAGCAAAAGUAGCUAAGCCAACGCAGGCUGUGGUAGGUAAGCCGAGAGACUUAUUGGCACAGCAAGAAUUAGAAGAUGAUGAUGAAGAUGAGGUCACCUAUGAAGGCAGUUCGAUCAAAGGGGAAAAUCUUAGCUUCAAUGCUUCUUGUGAUUGGAGUUUUGUGCAAGGGUGGCGAGCACGGCCUAUUGGUAACAUACGUCAUGAUAUAUCUGUUCUUAGCCCUCAGCAGACUAAUGCAACUCUACCGUACGCUGCUUCAACAGUAGGAGUUACUUUAGCGCCGAUGCACGGUGCUGGCACUGCAGUUCAAUCAUCUUCUGCAGAUCUGUUUAGAACGGGACGAAUACAAAAUCCUGCUACGGCCACUCCUGCUCCAAGAAUCCCCAAAGAAGUGGCACAAAGACCAGGAGCGACAAUUAGUUGUACCAUAGCCAACGUUCCUUCAAUAUGCGUGAAUUCUAAUAGUGAACUUACUCAUUUCGAAAAUUUACCAAAAAAAAUUUGUAGCAAUAUUAAUAUGGGCUCGAACAAUCAUGACAACUUUUCUACCCCUAUGCCCCAAAGAUCCGUUCAUGGCCCAACCCGACUUACUGUUCAGAGUAUUCCCGUGAAGUCUCAAGGGCCCAUGUUAAGUGCUAGUUUAAAUCAAUCUCCACAUAACAGCAUGUCUAUACGUAAGGUUUCCGAAAAAUCAUCUUUAAGUUUCAGUACAACCAAUAUUGGCAUAACCACGGAUUCCGGUUACUCGACGAAUGUCGGUGUUCAUUCCACCAAGUCUAAUUUAACAACUCGGACACAUCACCAUGAAUUCCAUGCUUUAGAACGAGUGCAAGAAUGCAAUAGUUCCUCCGAUGAAAACCGAUCCUCGGGACAUGCCAGCAUGUCUGACACUGGAGGUCAUGGUAGCUCUUCGCCAGGUGGAGGCAUAACGUUAGGGCCGUUACCGGAGGAUCGUUUAGCAGCCGGGGUAACGAAUCGCAGUACACGUUCACGUACUAGCGCUAACCAUUCCAGAACAAGACAUCGUGCCACACCCGCCAAAGCUCCUUGGGGUGGUAAUGGCUUGGAAGACAUAAAACUAGCGAUACAGCAGUUAACUAUGCGCUCUCAGACCAGUACUAGUACAUACAGCAGUUUGAGUGCGGGUUCAGAAAGUUCAGAACCUGGACGACGAUUGGGUCGUUACGCUUCUUUAGAAACUGUAAAUACAAAUGUUACUAAUGCAGACGAGUUUGUUUGGGUGGAUUCUCAUAAUCGUUUAGUGGAAUUGCAGCAUCCUCCCUGGAGUCAACAAUGUAUCGUAAAUGUCAUACGUAAUGGACGGUGCAAAGAUACAGCAGAUCGAGUUUUGCCUGAUGCAGUGUCACGAUUAGCAUAUCUGCUUCAAAGAGCACUAGUUAGAAUUGCAAGGGAAGUUCAACGUCUUUCUUCUAAUCUUAGCUUAUGUUCUAAGCAGGAAGUUGCAGGUGCUUUUAAAAUUGUACUCUGUCCGGCAUUAGCGGACUCGUGCCUCAAAGCCUGCCUAAGGGCGGCAGCUAUGUUCGCUUUACCCGGGGAUAGUGCUCUAAAACAAAGUAAAUCAUCAAGAGCCGGUUUACAAUUACCAGUCGGUCGAUUUCAUCGAUGGAUGGCUGAUGCUAGACUAGGGAAAUUCAUACAUGAAUAUGCUGCCGUGUAUCUGUGUGCAGGAAUUGAGAAUUUACUUGAAGACAUUUUGUUGCAAAGUUUCCCUGACGAUUCAUGUGCACAGUUAACAGCAGCUGUAUUGGAACAUUCGAUUUCUGUGUCGGGAGAUAUGUGGGGUCUUUUACAACCAUAUGCUCACCUCAACGCUGGUCGUAUUGCAUCAGGAGCGUUAACAAUGCCUCAGUGGGCCAGCCAGCCGUCGCUAGUUACCGGGACUCAUCAAAGUUGUUCCUCUGGUAACAACAGUAAUAUAAGUUUAGAACCGUGCCUACUGACUACUUGCGUUGGAAGUAUUAAUGAGCUAAGAGAUCUAACUUUAAGAGCUCAACACAAGUUUCAGAAUACUGCUCUUUCAAACGCCGCUUUAUCUGCUUUAUUUUACUUUAUGAGAUGUUCUCAAUUGGAACAUAGUGAAUUUACAGGACAGCAAGCAUCGGGAAGUAACACAAGUGGCCCCAACAAUGCACAAAACGUUCAAGAACUGUGUUAUGAAAGAGCUUAUGUAGUACUACCACCUUUAGUUGAAUGGCUUAGGGUGGCAUCUGCUCACGCUGAAUAUCGUAAUGCUAUGAUGAUGGACAAGGAUGAUAUAAUGCAGGCAGCUAGGCUUCUAUUACCAGGAGUGGAUUGUCCUAAUAGGCCCGUAAGUCAUGACGAAGAAUUGCCAACUAAAAAAACUCAUUUUUGUUCAAAUGUGGGGGCCAGCAUUAAUGAAGACACAUUGGAGUUGGGAAAAAGAGCUACGGUCUUAUUAUCUUUCAAAUUAAUGUUAACUGGUAGAGCAGAGCUUUUGGCUCAAGCGUCCAGUUUAUUGCCCGCUGCCACGCGAUAUGAUACAUUAAAUCAUGCCGGAAUGACGGCAUUAAUGAUUGCAAGCAUAGGAAAUGAUGAGUUAGCAAUACAAGCACUACUAGAUGCCGGGUGUGACCCAAACACUGAAGUGCCGACUAUAGGAAAUUCCAAUUGUCCAGCUAUACAUCCGGACACACAACACUGGACUGCGGUUACUUUCGCAGCAGCAAAAGCUAAUUACUCAGCUUUGCGCAUGCUCCUUGAAAGGGGAGGCAAAGUUGAAGGUGGAGCUCGACAAAGUGAAGAUAAACAUACACUUACACCUCUGCAAGUCGCUUGCGGUAUUGGCAAUGUCGAAGUGGUAUCUUUAUUAUUAGCCCACGGUGCUAAUGCAUUCCUUUCCACGCAACAAAAGGACUCAAUCAGCUUUGCAGGAUCAGCCCAAAGAGGUUGUUAUUGUGCAAUAUCAGUAGCUGCAGCGCAUGGCCAGAGGGCCAUUCUAAGGAAGCUUUUGUCAACCCCCAUGAACCCAGUGUCCAAAGACGUAUUAUCGUUGGAGGAAAUGUUAGCUGAAGGCGAAUCUAAUAGCGCUCGGUCGAACGCUAUUUCCGAUCGUUUCUGCGCCACCGAUGUAACGCCAACUCUUAACAAAACACAAAUUAAAAGUUUGCAAGAAGCGAUGUACCACAGUGCAGAAAAUAACUACUUAGAUAUUACAAUUGAGCUGAGAACGCUCGGAGUUCCGUGGAGUCUGCAUUGUUGGAUGCACGCUUUAUCAGCAGCCCACGAAUUGCGUUUAGAUGCUGUCAUAGAUCAAUUGCUGCAAGAUUUUUUGCAAGUGUGCCCAGAUGAUUAUAGUGCACAGUUCGUUAGCGAAUGUCUACCACUGCUUUUUAAUAUAUUCCGGUAUAGCAAGAAUGAGGGCACCACAUUACUGUUAGCGGAUAUUUUUGCAACAUGCUUUGGUUGGGAACAAAUUAAAUCCAUCAGAGAACUUCUUCUGCAACCAGCAAAUAGUUCACGGAUCGAUCCAAAAUUUGUAAAUAAUUCCGAACUCAGUGAUGUUACUUUCAGGGUUGAAGGAAAAAUAUUCUAUGGUCAUAAAAUUGUAUUAGUUACUGCAUCACCGCGUUUCCAAAAUAUGCUUAGCUGCAAGUUAAGUGAAGGUACCACGCCAACUGUUCAAAUCAACGACAUACGUUAUCCCAUCUUUCAACUGGUUAUGCAGUAUUUAUAUAGCGGUGGUUGCAAUGCUUUGGAGGUCUCUAAGGGAGAUGUCCUGGAGCUAAUGGCAGCGUCUAGUUUCUUCCAAUUAGAUGGACUUUUGCGUUAUACAGAAGCAAGAUGUUCAGAAAUGAUUGACAUUGACAAUGUCGUGGCCAUGUACAUACACGCCAAGGUUUACAAUGCCACGAAGUUGCUGGAGUUUUGUCAAGGUUUUCUGCUGCAGAACAUGGUCGCAUUAUUAACUUACGAUGAUUCUGUGAAGAGACUAUUGUUCGCGAAGAAAAUACCUAAUCACGAUGUGCUAUCGGGCCUGUUACAAACUCUUCAACAACGAAUUAAAGAACGUAAAUCCGUAGGAAUGGGCAAUCUUCGUCAGCAACUGAGUUCACCCACAGCAAUAAAUGGAUUAACAAUUUCAUCGUUGCAAAACUCCUCGGCAUCAAACACUAGCAUCGCCAGUACCUUAGGGGCCCUUAAAAAGUGAAACGGUUUUAAAUGAGACACUGUUAUAAUGUAAAGUAUUAGUUAUCGAAGUGUAAGUUAGCUUACGUUUAUUUAUUUCCAAUCGUUUAUU